UCAGUUGUUAACGCUUAGUUAUUUCUGGAUAUUGACCGUGUCUUGAUUGGUCAGAAGCCAGCCUGAGAGGAAGGCCCGAGUGUCUUUCUUUUUGACAAGCUUUCGCAUGGGUUUCUCCUCCAGGCUUAUUUGGACUCUCCAUCAAGGUUCCGCAAAUCCUGGUGGUAACAAUGGCAGCCACAGUGGUGGCCAGGCCCGGCCACUUGGCCUGGUGGUCAGACAGACCUCGUUUUGAGCCCGGGUCUCCUAGGAAGCCUCUAUGGCUUCAGUUUCCGCCUCUUUUAACAUGAGCUCCCUCCUGGGACUAAAUAAGAGAGCAUACGUGGAAGAGCCAGGGCCCCCACCCGGCAGGAUCCAGGCGUCACAAGCCCUUGGGUGAGCAGCUACUGAAGGGGACGCCAGCCAGUGGCCAGAGGUUCUGGCCUCGGGGGGUCACGCUGGUCUGGGUUUAUGGCUGUUAUGGAGAUGUUUUUUCUCUCUAGGACAGGAGGGGACUCUCACAGGUGCCAGCAGGAAGGAUUUCCUGAGCUGGAGCAAACCAGGAGAAUGGGACCAUUCACACUAGGCUAACAAAAAGGAAAGGCAGGUUAGAAGGAAAGGAAGGGUGAUCUGACGACAUGGGCUCCGGAGCUCAGGUGCCCUGCCUGCCUGUCAGCGUGCCUGUUCCCCAUUCCGGGGGUUUUUGCAGGUUUCUGCAGCCAUCAGCUCAUGGCUGCCCUUAGUAAAAUCCAGCCCUGCCCCGUGCAGGUUGUUGGGAGACACGGUCCCUCUCCCUGAAACCUGGCAACCACUGUGCGGGGUGCUGGGAGGCCUCACUGAACCGGUGCGGUGGGCAGGACUGCUGUGCUCGGCUGGGGGCUGAGAAGGGCCGCCCAGAGGAAGUGGCUUGUCAGCACCUCCUGUCAAAGCGAAAAGGAAACAGUCAGAGGAGGGUGAUCCCCUAGACCCAUCUGUGUCCCCCCAACCCGAUGCUGAGCAGAGCAGAAGCCAGAGCCCUGUCCAUCUGGAGGACUCCCCCGAGGCAGGCGGGGAGCGGGAGGAGGACCAGGAGCGGGAGGAGGAACAGGCCUUCCUGGUCAGCCUCUACAAGUUCAUGAAGGAGCGACACACGCCCAUCGAGAGGGUGCCCCAUCUUGGCUUCAAGCAGAUUAACCUGUGGAAAAUCUACAAAGCAGUGGAGAAGCUGGGGGCCUAUGAGAUGGUGACGGGCCGCCGCCUCUGGAAGAACGUGUACGACGAGCUAGGGGGCAGCCCGGGCAGCACGAGCGCAGCCACGUGCACACGCCGCCACUACGAGAGGCUGGUGCUCCCGUAUGUGCGGCAUCUGAAGGGGGAGGACGACAAGCCGCUGCCCCCCUCCAAGCCCAGGAAGCAGUACAAGAUGGCCAAGGAGCCCCGGGGGGAUGACGGGGCCCCUGAGAAGCCGAAGAAGGCCAAGGAGGAGAAGCGGUUGGACCAGAUGGUGCCUGGAAAGACGAAAACAGACGCUGCCCCUGACCUGGCGCGGCUUCCCAGCCAGGAGCCCCCCCGGGAGGGCCCGGAACAGCCAGGCCCGGCCCUGGGGCCCUCUCUGCCCUUCGUGGGUGCUGGAGGCUGUCCUGAGGCCUACAAGCGGCUCCUGGCCACCUUCUACUGCAAAGGAGCCCACGGCAUCAUGUCUCCACUGGCCAAAAAGAAGCUCCUGGCCCAGGUGAGCAAGGCAGAGGCCUUGCAGUGCCAGGAGGAGGGCUGUCGCCAUGGGGCAGGCAGCCCCCAUGGGGAGCCCCAGGCAUCCCCGGCUGUUCUCGUCCCAGAAAGUCCGCAGAGCCCGGGAAAGCCAGCGGAGAACUCCAGGCACCGGCUGACCCCUCAGGAGGGAUUACAGGCCCCAGGUGGCAGCCUCAGGGAGGAGGCUCAAGCGGGUCCCUGCCUGCCGGCCCCCAUCUUCACUGGCUGUUUCCAUGCGUACCCCACUGAGGUGCUGAAGCCUGUCAGCCAGCACCCCCGGGACUUCUUGCCCAGUUUUAAAGAUGGGGUGCUCUUGGGGCCUCCUGGCAAAGAGGAGGGCCUGGCGGUGAAGGAGCCCCAGCUGGUGUGGGGCGGGGACGCCAACCGCCUGUCUGCAUUCCAUAAAGGCAGCUCUAGAAGGGGCAGCCCCUACCCCAAGCCCAAAGCCUGCUGGGUGUCCCCCAUGGCCAAGGUCCCUGCCGAGAGCCCUGCUCCCCUCACUACCUUCCCUAGCAGCCCAGGCCUGAGCAAGAAGCGCAGCCUGGAAGAAGAGGGCUUGGCCCAUGGUGGCAAAAAACUGCGGGCCGUGUCUCCCUUUCUUAAGGAGGUGGACACCAAGGAGUGUGGGGCCAAAUCCAUGGGGUCUGGCUUGGCCGUGUCCUGCCUGCUGGGCCCAGCGCUGGGGCCUGCCCUCCCCGAGGCCUAUAGGGGAACCAUGCUGCGUUGCCCGCUGAACUUUGCUGGCACUCCGGACCACUUAAAGGGCCAGGCCACGCUCCCCUUCAGCCCCCUGGUCAUCCCUGCCUUGCCGGCCCACUUCCUGGCCACAACAGCGCCCUCCCCCGUGGCCACGGGUCUGAUGCACUUCCCCCCGGCGUCCUUCGACAGCACCCUUCGCCACAGACUUUGCCCAGCCUCGUCUGCAUGGCACGUGCCACCUGCCACAACCUACGCAGCACCCCACUUCUUCCACCUCAACACCAAGCUUUAGGUCCGAGCCCGCAGUGCUGUGCUGUGCUGUGCAGGGUCUGAAAUGGCCUGCGCUGGGGAGGCACUGCCCGGGGUCUGGGCUGGAGCCUGGUCCCCAGGAGAGCUUGGCUGUGCGCAAUGCAGGAACGUGCCCCUGUCUGGGCAGCCUGGCACAAAGAGGGAGGCCGUGGGAAAACCAGGUUUGUCUCAAGGAAGCAGCCUAAGCCCGGGGCCUCAGUUGUUGUGGGGCCUCGGGAGAAGACAGUGCUUGGCUGGCAGCCCCCAGCUAGGUCCCCAGAGUGGAAGCCAGGAACGUGCUGAAGGGCUGAAGCGCUGGGUAGCAGCUUGAGGUAUCCAGGCUGCCCAUGGAAAAUCCAAUAAAAGACGAACGUGAAUCCA